GUGGGCGGCGAGUAUGUUUCUGCAGCUGCUGUUGGCAAGAGCCCGGUGCCCGCUGGUCCCCUGUCCCCCGCGCGGUAUCCUCCUCCUUGCCGCCUCCAUGGCCACCGGCACGCGCGCCACCGCUCGGCAGGGUCUCAUUCUUGGAUCCUUUGCCAGCUGCGGUGAUGGUGAACCUUCUCAGUUGUCUGAUGCAGGAGAGGCUUUUGACAAACAAGUCAAUGGGAAGCUGAAGGAGUUACUGGCCAUUUCUGGGCCACCUCUGAAGAAAGGGAAGACCCGCAUCUUUCAUGGUUUGCAUCAGGCCUUUCCAAAUGUAGUAGUUGUUGGCCUGGGAAGGAAAGCAAUGGGAGUGAACAUAGAUGAAAACUGGAAUGAAGACAAGGAAAACAUACGGGCAGCUGUGGCAGCUGGAUGCAGGCAGCUGCAGGACCUAGAACUUCCUUGUGUUGAAGUGGACCCUUGUGGAGAUGCUCAGGCUGCAGCUGAAGGGGCUGCCCUCAGCAUCUUUGAAUAUGAGGAACUAAAGCAAAAAAAGAAACCCACCCUUGAAAUUCAGUUGCAUGGCAGUGAUGGAAUUGAUGCCUGGCAGAAAGGGAUUCGCUAUGCAGAAGGCCAGAACCUGGCCAGAUAUCUUAUGGAAGGCCCUGCAAACCAUAUCACACCAACCAAAUUUGCUACCAUCAUUGAGGACAAAUUAAAAAGCUUUGGUAGCAACGUGACUGUUCAUAAAAGAGAUAAAUCUUGGAUACAGGAGCGAGAAAUGGGGUCAUUUUGGAGUGUGGCAAAAGGCUCAGAUGAACCCCCAGUCUUUUUGGAAGUCCACUACCAAGGCAGCAACAACCCCAAAGAAGCUCCAUUGGUAUUUGUUGGAAAGGGGAUAACUUUUGAUAGCGGUGGCAUUUCGAUCAAGCCUUCAGCCAAUAUGGAUGCCAUGAGAGCAGAUAUGGGAGGAGCAGCCACCAUUUUUUCUGCCAUUGUCACAGCUGCAGAAUUGAAGUUACCCAUUAAUCUAAUUGGUCUGGCUCCCCUUUGUGAAAACUUGCCCAGUGGGAAGGCAAAUAAACCCGGAGAUGUUGUGACAGCCAUGAAUGGAAAAACGAUUCAGAUUGACAAUACAGAUGCAGAGGGAAGAUUGGUGUUGGCUGAUGCUCUUCACUAUGCACACAGUUUUAAUCCAAGGGCAAUUUUAGACACUGCAACAUUAACAGGUGCCAUGGAUGUAGCAUUAGGAUCAGCAGCUACUGGGGUUUUUACAAAUUCACAGCAGCUGUGGCAUCACCUAUAUGAGGCUAGCAUUCUGACAGGGGAUCGAGUUUGGAGAAUGCCUCUCUUUGAACAUUACACAAAGCAAAUGACAGACUGUCACCUAGCAGAUAUCAAUAACAUUGGAAAAUACAGGUCUGGCGGCGCAUGCACAGCUGCUGCAUUCCUGAAAGAAUUUGUGACUGCUCCUCACUGGGCUCAUUUAGAUAUUGCUGGUGUAAUGGAAAAUAAAGAUGAGGUUCCAUAUCUGCGAAAAGGCAUGGCGGGAAGGCCAACACGUACCCUGGUUGAGUUUAUUACUCGACUGGCCCAAGACAAGCAAAGUUUUUAGAAAGCAGGUUUGCAAGGAUCACCUCUGGCUUUAAAAACAGUUAAUUUGAACCUGGAAUCAGCCAGUGUAUUGAUAAAAUUCCAAAGGGUCAUCCAUCUUCAACUUUAAUUUUGGGGGGCUACUUUGAAAAGAUCCACAGCAAUGGACUAUAAAUUCAUUCCAUAGAAUUCUACUAAAUCAGUUGCUUUUUAUACUCUUCAGUCCAGAAUCUUGUCCUGUAUUUGGUAUCCAAAGAGCAAUCAGUCUAAACCAACAGGCUUUAUAAUAUGGAUUGAAUAAUAGAUACACAGCUAUCACAUACAAUAAAUACAUCUUCCAACA